UUAUUACAGUAUUAUUAUUUCCGCUAAGUAAGGGAGAGCUAAUCUCCUCCCAGUUGGCGGGGAGUUUUCUAGCAACUGUUGCCCGGUGAGGCAGCGCCAUAGCCACCGUAGUCGUGGCGACUGUAACCCACCAACAACAAGCUCUCGCUUCAUCAUUACCACCUCCUCCGCCAUCCUCAUACUCACCCGCCGCUCCACAAGCAGGAGCCAUGCAGACCCCAGAAGAAGGUGCUGACUCCGCCUCCACCGUCCCUAUUCAGACCACCGUGCCUGUCCAGCCAGCCGGCUCCACCCAGCAGCUGCCCGUCCAGCAACAGACGCAGACAGUUCAACAGGUCCAGCAUGUUUACCCAGCACAGGUGCAGUACGUGGAGGAAAAUAGUGGCGUCUACACAAACGGCAACAUAAGAACCUACUCAUACUCAGAGCCACAGUUGUACAGCCAGAACAGCGGCGGGAGCUACUUUGACACGCAAGGGAGCUCGUCCCAAGUGUCCACGGUGGUCACCUCCCAUGGGAUGGCUAAUAACGGCAGCGGGGGCAACGGAGGCAUGAGCAUGGGCCUGCCGGGGGCUCAGGUCAUCGGCGGCGCUUCCGGGUCCUACCUCAUGGACAAUGCCGGCGCCCACCCUUCUACCCAGACUGCACGGGCCUCCCCAGCGACUAUUGAAAUGGCGAUUGAGACGCUCCAAAAAUCUGAGGGUUUAUCCAGUCAGAGAAGCUCGCUGCUCAACAGCCAUCUGCAGUGGCUGCUGGACAACUACGAAACAGCAGAGGGCGUGAGUCUACCGCGAUCCACCCUCUACAAUCACUACCUGCGCCACUGCCAGGAGCAGAAGCUCGACCCCGUCAACGCAGCGUCCUUCGGCAAACUCAUCCGCUCCAUUUUCAUGGGACUCCGCACGAGGCGCCUCGGGACGAGAGGGAACUCCAAAUAUCAUUAUUAUGGUAUACGUGUGAAGCCCGACUCGCCGCUCAACAGACUCCAGGAGGACAUGCAGUACAUGGCCCUCAGACAGCAGCCCGUUCAACAGAAACAGAGGUUCAAACCGGUGCAGAAGUUUGACACCAGCCCCACAGAGAACUACUCAAGUGGGGGCCACAACCACCCGGGGGCAGCAGAGCAGACCGUCAUCGCGCAGAGUCAGCAUCACCAGCAGUUCUUAGAUGCAUCACGGGCACUCCCCGACUUUGUGGAGCUGGACUUGGGGCAGUGCAAUCCGGAGAACAUCAGCACGGAGGACGUCAAGGCUCUACAAUCACUUUACAGGGAGCACUGUGAGGCCAUCCUGGACGUAGUCAUCAACCUGCAGUUUAGCCUCAUUGAGAAGCUUUGGCAAACUUUCUGGCGUUAUACCCUGCCCGACUCUGUAGAGGGCGCCACUAUCACGGAAAACAGCAGCAUAAGUGAGAUUGAAGCCCGACUACCGCAGUCUCAACUGCUGGCGCUGUGCAGACACGAAGCUGUGCUCAAGUGGAUGAGCACCUGCGACCAUCUGAUGUACCAGGCCCUUGUGGAGAUCCUCAUCCCUGAUGUCCUGAGACCCAUUCCCAGUGCCUUGACUCAAGCCAUUCGCAAUUUUGCCAAAAGCCUGGAAAGUUGGCUCAAUAAUGCCAUGAAUGCGAUUCCGCAGAGGAUGAUCCAGACCAAGGUUGCCGCAGUUAGUGCCUUUGCGCAAACACUACGCAGAUACACGUCUCUGAACCACCUGGCUCAAGCGGCACGUGCCGUGUUGCAGAACACGUCGCAGAUCAACCAGAUGCUGAGCGACCUCAACCGCGUCGACUUUGCCAACGUACAGGAGCAAGCGUCGUGGGUGUGCCAGUGCGAGGAGAACAUGGUUCAGCACUUGGAGCAGGACUUCAAGGCUACCCUACAGCAGCAAAGCUCUCUGGAGCAGUGGGCGGCCUGGCUGGACAACGUGGUCACUCAAGUGCUGAAGCCCUACGAGCAGCGGCCCAGCUUCCCUAAGGCGGCCCGGCAGUUCCUACUCAAGUGGUCCUUUUACAGUUCGAUGGUCAUCAGGGACCUGACCCUGCGAAGUGCUGCGAGCUUCGGUUCUUUUCACCUGAUCCGCCUGCUUUACGACGAGUACAUGUUCUACUUGGUGGAGCAUCGGGUGGCUCAAGCUACGGGAGAGACUCCUAUUGGCGUCAUGGGCGAGUUUGACAGCCUGAAUAGCCUGUCGCUUACAAACAUCGAUAAAGAUGAAACCAGCGGAAUGGACAGCGAUUUAGACGAGGAGUCCGAGGAAUCCGGGGAACCUCUGGCUAAACGUGAGAAGUCGGAGCACGAAGUGAUCCAAGUGAUCCAGGUGGGCGCCCUGGAGGACGGAUCCCACCCGGUGGUGGGCGUGGUCCAGCCCAACAUCCUGCACUCGUUGCCGCAGCCCCCGCGGGACCACAGCGAGCACAUCCUGACCCCCUCGGCCGGCACCCCCACCAUCCGCCACUGCAGCGCCACGGGCAACACCUACGCCUCCGUUUGACGGUGACGUCUCAGCCCCGUCUCGUUUCGUCGACACAUCCGUCAACCGCCACGUUUACGUCUUUUGUCUGUCAGUAUCUACACCACCCCCCCGCCCCGGGUCAGAUACCGAAGCGAUGCGGUUUUCCCCGCGUCUGUUCUGAAUGCUGCGUCCUCCCUUGAAUCUUUGCUGAAUUUUGCCAGAGAAAAGAGGACCACGUGAAUCGCAGGGUCUAACGAGAAUCGACUUUCUACUACUGAUGUCUAUGAGCUGAAAUGCGGCCCCAUUGUAUAUAGAGUUGCUUCUAAUUAGUACAACCCAAAAAAAACUAAAACAAUGGUGCUAUCAUUAUGUCCUGUUAAACUAGAAUACGUUAUCUUGGUGUUUCCUGAUGUUUAUUGAGCCAGCACAUAUGCCGUCGUCUACUCCAUAAAUCAGCUUUUGGGUGGAACUUCAGGAUGAACUCAAAAAAAAAAAAAGCACCAAAAUCUGUACAGAUGAAUUGAAUGUAAUCGUCACGAAACCUUUUGAAUGCAAGUCCAACUGUUUUCAGUAUUUUCUGCAGUUUUUAGUUGUCCAAAAAAGAGCCGAGUGCAGGAAUUCAUAACAGAUGCUGGACUUGAAAUCCAUGCCUUUCUGUGACUCUUCCAGUAUCUCGCUUGCAACCUAAUGAUGACACUUUAAAGUGGACUCUUUAAAUGGCAACUGUAAUCGAACCAAGAAUUUUUUUGGUCCAUUCACUAAUUUGUCCCCACACAAUUAUGAUGGUGUGGGGGGGAAUUUUUUUAGACGUCAUAUUAACUUCAGCUGUAAAUGUAAGAGUGCGUUUUAGGUUCAUCCUGAAAUUCAACCAGUUAACCUAAUUCGGUUGGAGCGCCGGCAUUCGCCAAAUCACACGUGAGCACAUUCGUUAAAUUAUUAUGACUACGUUCAUAGAGGCCCUCGGUUAAUUAGUUUUGAAUUCUAACAAAUUAGAAGUGGAUUUGGGGGGGGGGGGUCACAAUUCUUGGUUGAUUUUCACGAUUUAGUGGUCAGACUCUAUCCAUAUCCCCUGCAGAUAGCGGGUGUCCACCGUAUCCCCAACAUCUGGGGAAUGGUCUACUUGACACCGCCCACUUCCCAAAAAAGAUUACCAAAAAAUAUAUAUACAUGUUUCAAAUGUAAAGUCGCACAGGAGUCUAACUUGCACUCGUCAAAAAAUGCAUCAUGAAGAGUAAAAGGCCACUACAAAGUCUUAAGUCACAUUUUGUGGGAAAAUUGAUUUUACAAAAACACAAACCAAAACUACAC